AUGGCGACUGCACUCGACCAUCUCCAGCUCGGCGGCAAGAUCGAAUGGCUGUCGCAGCUGGACACGGCGUACCAGCCGGAGCGGAACCUGCGCCGGACGUCGAUCAUCUGCACCAUCGGCCCCAAGACCAACUCGGUUGAAGCCAUCAACAAGCUCCGCGAGGCCGGCCUGAACGUUGUGCGGAUGAACUUCUCCCACGGCAGCUACGAAUAUCACCAGAGCGUCAUCGACAAUGCCCGCCAGGCUGAGAAGGUCCAGAACGGCCGCCCGAUUGCCAUCGCUCUUGAUACCAAGGGGCCGGAAAUCCGGACGGGUAACACCGUUGACGAUGCUGAUCUCCCAAUCUCGGCCGGCCACAUCAUCAACAUCACCACCGACGAGAAAUAUGCGACGGCCUGCACUACCGAAAACAUGUAA